AUGCCCGACAACAUCGAUGCAAGCAAACUCAAGAGUUCCGCCAUCAAACAGAAACAGCCCGCAUUGUCCGCCGAUGUCAUCUUGCAGCCUACUGCUACAAUGCCCGCAGCCACGACCGAGGAUUCGGCGUGGGCAGCCUCCCACGUCCCGCUUGUUCCAGCCCUAGAGGAGCAGUCAUCUGCUGCCGGUCCGGCUAAGCAGCAGGCCCCCGCGGACAAGCCAACAACAGCGAGCUCCCAAGCAUUGCUCGCAAUGUUGGCGGGGCACGCAGACAAGCAAGCCGUACUCAAGCCACCCAAGGACGUCAAGGCCGAAGGUGAGGUGUCAGGAGUCGCAGCAGAUGCCUGGGGCUCGACGCCUGCUGCUCCGAUUCCGUCCGAGGUGGGUGGCUGUACCCCGAAAAAAGAUGCGCGACCGGCCUCCGCCGCUGCAGCCCACGUCUCGUCGGUCCCCGGUGCAGAGGCGACGGUGCUCUCUCCCCCGCCUGCGAAAGACGUUCUCGGCGCUGGCGUGACCUCUGCGCAGGACACCGUGCUCGCCAGCGGCACUCAAGCCGUCACGUCGCCUCCCGUGCCUCCUUUUAAGCGGACAAUGAGCUUGCGAGAAAGGCUGAAGGCGAGCACUAUCUUGAGUCCCAUCUCACUCCACCUGACAUCUUUCGACGUGGCCGCUAUGGCAACAGCCUAG